AUGGAGGAGAAUUCAGAUAACAGCUCUUCAAAUCCAGACGUUCCAGCCGCACCUUCACCAGACAUUCCAGCCGCACCUUCACCAGACAUUCCAGCCGCACCUUCAUCAGACAUUCCAAUCGCCCCUUCACCAGACAUUCCAAUCACCCCUUCACCAGACAUUCCCAUCGCCCCUUCACCAGAUAUUCUCGCCGAACCUUCAUCGGACAUACCAGGACCUCUUCCGCCACCGGCAGAUCUUCAAACACCAUCAUCUUCCCAGCAGUUAAAUAGUGAAAUAUUCGUUAAGCCACAAAAUACUAUCAAGAAGAAGCGACCACUUAAACGACCAUUAGUACCUCAACAUAUCGAGAAGUCUAAUGAAACACUUAAUAGUAUCAAGGACCAAGUACUUUGUCAUAAAGAAAUAGGAGAUGAAUUCUCCCUUUUCGCCGAAAAUAUCGCCAGCCAGCUCCGACAAUUGCCCCUAAUAGAUGCUUUAGAUGUUCAGUCUGAAAUAAUAGAAAUAGUAAAACGGAAAAGAAUAAAUCGAAUGCAAUUGGAAAACAAUUCUACGACAUCGAAUGAAUAUACAUUUGAAAUACCAGAACAUUUAUUCAAUAAUCUUGAAUCUCAGAUUCAUAUUCAACGUGACGCAACAAGGCAAGAAUCAUCACAACUUGUUGUAGUAAAUGAUGCAUUACAAGAGAAAGGCAUAGAAGUUCAGAUCCAACGUGAUGCAACAAGCCAAGAAACAUCACCAGAAUUUGUAGUAGAUGAUCAAUUACAAGAGGCAAUUCGAAGCACUGGUGGGAUUCAAAUUAAUGAGAAUCGCUAUUUUAAUAUAUUAGCUAUUAUAUUUGUAGCUUUAUUUUGGCAGAUUGGAAGGAAAAGUUUUGGAGUUCGGCCAAUUUUUACUACUAUUGACAAUGUAAAUAUGUUAAUCGAUAAACCCGAAGAUGUCAACCGCGUCCCUUCUCUUUAUUCUAGGAAGCAAACACCAGAACUUCCCUCUUGGAUCAUGUAUGAUAAGCAUAUAUUACGCUUUCAAGGAUAUUUCCAACAAAGUCUCCAUGAAAUGCGCUCAGCGUCUCACGUAGUUCGCAAGGUGGAUAUUUUCUUCUUUCUUGAAGAUGGCACUAUAAAAGUAAUAGAGUCUAAAACGGACAACAGUGGACUGUCACAAGGAACAUUGAUAAGUCGUCAAAGAAUAAGACUUCCUCAGAGCUAUGAUUUGUACUAUGAUGUACUUGAUCUUAAUAUUGGUAAGGAAGUCAUGUUUUAUGGGAAAGUAUUUAAGAUUGUUAAUUGCGACAAUUUCACUAGAGUAUUUAUAAACCGCCUUGGAAUAAAUGUGCCCGAUCCCAUUCCUUGGCCUGAUACAGUCGACAGAAUCCCUAAAUCUGGUAAAGAACCAAAACCCAGACCAUUUAAACAGUUUUUGGAUUACGAUAGACAGGUUUUGCGAUUUUUUGGCUAUUGGGAUGAUCGUGACUCGCAAUUUGGUACAGUGCAUCAUCUAGAGAUUCAUUAUUUCCUCGCUGAUGAUACGAUAGAAAUAAAGGAAAUACUUCCACCAAAUUCUGGCAUCGAGGCUGCUCCAAUGUUUUUAAAGAGAAUGCGUUUGCCAAGGAAAAUUCCACCGCAUGUAGAGAUGACUGGUGGCCCUCAAACACAAUCUUACACUCCGGCUGAUCUUAGUAUUGGAGCUGUAAUCAACGUAUUUGGACGUAAAGUAGUUCUUACCGACUGUGAUCCGUUUACUAAGGAAUACUAUCGUGUUACUUAUGGAUUUGACAACUUCGCACCGCUGGAAGUACCUGCAGACAAAAACACGGAAUGCUUUCGUGAGAACAUGGCUGAGCGAGAACUGCCCCCUUGGAAUGGUUUUGGCUCAUAUGACGAUUCCGCAGAAAACUGCAAAACUGUGGAGCCGAAGGCACCGCAUCGUGACUUUAUAAAAUUUAUACAUAAAGAUAGAGUCGGCUUCGAUUCCCACAUAUUACGCUUUGCUGCGCGCCUUAUCAAUGACAAUCCCGAAGACGCCCGGAGAUACUUUGUUGUGAAAUAUUUUCUUUGCGAUGAUACUAUCGGUGUAUUUGAGCUGGGAGAGAGAAAUUCCGGAUUUUUGGGUGGCAAAUUCUUUCGUCGUGAGAAAACGUAUUUACCAGACGUGGACUUUUACGUAUCUAAAGAGCCUCCGACAUACACAGACAAGGAUAUGUGGGUUGGGAAUGAGCUGGUCAUUAACAAACACCGGUUUCGUCUUAUUGCUGCUGAUGAAUACGCCUUGCGGUAUAUGGAACUUCAUGCGGACGAGUAUCCGAUGUCCAAUGUAGCCCUGAUAAUGGAUAAGAUAAGACGGACGUUAGCUUCGCAAGAAAAUGGCUACAAGAACUUUGUUGCUAAAUAUAUGGAAGCUGUCCUACCUGAUAAAAAGGAACUGAUGUCUGUUCAAUGCUUCAAGCAGGCAUUAAAAGAAAUUAUGUGUGAAAAAAUGACAGAACAUGAAUUUUUAACUCUUAUUAGACAUUUUCGAGGUGAUCCUGGAAAAGAUAAAAGUCCACGACGAGAAAUGAUAAGGUCCCUGGUUUUUACGGAGUUAACACGAGGGCUGUGGGACGAUCGCGAACGACUUCGCGAAGGUCUAUUGCAUGCAGAUGAAACCGGGCUAGGAACAUUGCCUAGAUCGUGCCUGAGACAAAUCCUGCGUGCAAAUCAUCUGUCUAUAAACACCGAUCUCAUGGAUUGCAUGCUGGAUGUGUUAAAGAAAGAUGAAAAUUGUAACAUUUACUACGAAGAUUUGAUGGAAUUCCUUGACUUUCAAACACGGCCCGUGUUCAACUUAAGCGAGGCUGAUUAUACUAGACUUGUGCGUCAUGCUCCACCAGUAAAGGACGUAGAGUGCAAAUUCUGGGAUGAUCAAGAGACUUUUAUUAAGGAAGGCUACGUAAACUGGAAUGCUUUCCUAUGUCAGUUGAAUUUGGAACAUCUCGUCAAAGAUCAGUCCUAA